GAGAUUUCAGCCUUUAAUUUAGUUUACCUUUUAUUAGAUCUGCUAUAGUGAACAUAGUAAAAAAUUAUACAUACAUAUAUGCUAACACGACGAACUUCGAAUUUCAUUUGUCUCCGACACAUGAAAUUAAUAUUGAGUAAUCGGUUUUCUAUUGCUCUCAUAUGGAUUAAUUAAUCAGCACUAAUCUGUUUCGUCGGCACUUUAAAAUAAUUACGGCACUUGAGUUUUUCUUAAAAGUUGUGUAUUUAUUUAUAAGAACAAUAAAUUAAAGUAAAUUUAAAAUUAUGAAGAUUUUCGUGCACGUAGUGCUGGUGCUGCUAAUUGUGCAAAUGCACUUGGCCAUUGGAGAUAGAAAGCAAACAAAGAAGUAUUCUCGUGAGGCUAAUGAGCAAGAGUAUGCAAAGCAAAAACAACACAAAUCAAAACCGAAAUCUGAUCAAGGCGAAUCGAAGCUUACAACGGAACGCUAUGACCCUGAUUUCCGUAAUCUUCAAAGACCUUUUAGAAUGGCCAAACUAAAUUUAGUGUGGGCUAAAGCGCAAAAUAGAUUGACUGAACCAAAGCUGAAGUCCUUAUACAUGGAACUUAAGAUACAAGAUAAAGAAGAGAUAGCAUGGAAGCAAUUAAGUUCGCUACACAAAGAUAAAGAAGGUAUAAAGGAAGCUGAAUUGCGUCAAAAACUAGUUGGUAUUAUGAGUACGUAUGAUUUACUUGAACAUUUCGAAGAUACACAAGAUAGUGAUAAGAUCAAACCGUAUAAGAAAUUCCAUGAUCCAGACGACAGUUAUUUAAAUAAAAGCGCAUUUAAGGACAAAAAAUUAAAUCGUCUUUGGGAAAAAGCAGAAGUGUCUGGAUUCACCAAGGAAGAACUUGAUUCGCUUAAGGAAGAGUUUCAACAUCAUCAGGAUAAGGUAGAUGUCUAUUACAGUUUAUUGGAAGAAAUAGGGUCCUCUAAUACAAAGAAUCAUGAAAAUGCUAUAAAUGAAGAUGAGAUCGACACUUUCAAUAUGGUUUCAAAUGAUCCCAAUGACAAUGAAAUUGAUACACCACAAAUGAAUUUAAAAAAAUUCGAAAGUGAAAUCAAUCAACUUCGAGAUCAUCAUAACGGCAUUAAAGAUCAUUAUGAACGUCUUGAACGUUUGAUUUCAUCAGGACCUCAUAGUCAAGAGUUUAUAGAACCAAAAGUACAAGGCUUAUGGCGCGUUGCACAAGCCAGUAAUUUUACUGAAAAGGAACUAAGUUCUAUCAAAUACGAGUUACAUCAUUUUGAGAGUCGUUUGAUCAAAUUACGCAAUUUGCAUGUAGAGCAUGCGAUGCAAAAAGAAAAAUACAAGAAUGAAAAGCACAAGGAUAAAAGUGGACGUUUUGAAGAUAUGGAAGAUCAUAUAAAAAAGCAAACCCGCAAAGUUGAAAAGAUACAAGAUACAAUCGAAAAUACAAUCUUCAGACAUUCAGAGUUGUAGAACCGUCUAAGGGUUUUCAUUUAAAUAUUUUGUAAAUCAACUUCGAAUACUAUUUAGUUUAAUAAUUAAGUAAAAUGAUGCCAAAUU